AAAAUAAUAAUUCUAAAUUAGUUUAAGUUCAUAUUUUGUUGAUUACAGUGCCUAUAAAAAGUUCCAGGCUAGACAUCAUUAGCCAAGUGAAGUGCAAUUUAGAAAAAAAAAUAUAUUAUUAAAUCAAAUCCUGAUUGAAUUAAAUAAAUAAAAUACAAAAAUGGUUACCGAGGAAUGGAAAAAAUGUAGUAUAGCUACAAAAUUUCCCACAUAUAGAAAUUCAAGUUUAGUGACUACUAAAAGUUGGUUAGAGGGCAAACGCAAAGAUGAUGAGGCUGAAGGUCUUUGGCGUAUUUAUGAUACCUUAUAUGAUUUUACCGAUUUCAUUGAUAAACAUCCGGGUGGUAAAUUUUGGAUACGAGAAACAAAAGGUCUUGAUAUAACCGAAGCUUUCGAAGCUCAUCAUUUGACAUCGGCUCCAGCUAAAAUGAUUGAAAAAUAUAAAGUGCGCGAGGCUGCGAAACCAAGAAUAUACACGCUGACCCUGCAUGAGAAUGGUUUCUAUAAGACUCUGAAGAAAAGGGUGGCGGAGAAGAUGAGAACAAUUGAUAAUAAACCAAAGAAGAUCUCGGAUGCAAUCCAUUUGGGUUUGCUCUUAAGUACCUUUAUUUUUUCCAUGGCCAGUGCUAAAUACGAUAGUUUGGUAUUCAUGGCAUUAGCGGGUGCAGCUCUAGUUUGGACCACAGUGGUAUCACACAACUACUUUCACAAACGUGACAACUGGCAAAUGUAUGCUUUCAAUUUGAGUAUGAUGAACUUUACAGCGUGGCGUAUAUCUCACUCUCUGUCACAUCACAUCUAUCCAAAUUCCUAUAUUGAUCUGGAACUAUCAAUGUUUGAACCACUUUUGUGUUGGGUGCCAAGUCCACAUAUAAAAAGUAAAAUGAUGCGUUAUGUAUCCUGGGUAACUGAGCCGAUUGCCUAUAUGAUUGCAUUUUUCCUGCAAAUACUAACAAGAAUUUUUUACUCCCUGCGUAAGACGAAUAUCAUGUACUGGCACGAUUUAAUAUGUCUUUCUCUCCCAUUAUCCAUGUAUUUAUGUUCGAAUUAUUCCAUUUUCUGGUGUUUGCGUCAGUGGAUCUUUAUCACCGCAAUAGCCAGUUUUUCUUUCUGUGUUAUUGGCUUAAAUGCAGCCCAUCAUGAUCCGGAAAUAUUCCAUGAAGGUGAUGCCAAUCGUGAAGAUCGUGAUUGGGGUCUUUAUCAAGUCGAUACUAUAAUCGAUCGUGGUGAUCUUAAAGGUUCUCAGUUCUUGGUCUUGACCCACUUUGGUGAUCAUGUUCUGCAUCAUUUAUUCCCCACAUUAGAUCAUGGUAUUUUGCCUCAAUUGUAUCCUGUACUUUACGAAACAUUGGAGGAAUUUAAAUGUGAAUUAAGAGAAAUUAAUCAUUUGGAACAUAUUAUUGGUCAACACAAGCAGUUAUUGAGAAUUGAAACUAAUCCUAAGGCUCCGGGUUCUAAGUAAUUUUUUUUAAAUUUCUUUGAUUAGUUAAUUAAAUUUAGGUUUUAAAAAUAAUAAAUGUUAUAAAAAGUGUAAUUAUCAAUUAGAAGUCCACAAUAAUAUUUAUCUAUAUCUAUCUUCUAUAUAUAUUAAAA